AUGAAAACAAUUAUAGUUCCAUCUCGUUCUAUUGGUCAUGUUAUAGGAAAAAAAUAUACUAAAAUUCAAGAGAUUGAAAGACGCUCCAACGCUAAAUGUACUAUCAAGGAAAAUAAUGUUAUAGAAGUGGAAGGCACGAAUGAGGCUAAAAAGAUCGCUCUUAACUUGAUCAAAGAUUGUGUUUGGAAUAGUAUUGCAGUUUAUAAUCACCCAAUAGAAGCUGUUAUCGCACUUCAACCACCAUUGACCAAACUCAAAACUAUACUAUUUUCAAAAUAUGAUGGUAUUGUUGAUAGAAAUAAUAUAAACAAGGAGUACUUCAUUUUAGAUAAAGGAAAAGAAAUGAGUGAAGAUGAUCAACUCUCUUCAUUAUUUGGAAAUCUUAAUCUUGAUCAAGCUAAAGAUAUUAUCGCACCUGGAAAAGAUAGAUUUUCGGUAGAUUACAUUACCAAACGAAUAAUGGAACAAACUACCAACCAAGAUAAUAAGUCUCUUGACUUCAAAGUUAGAGUAAAUAUCGGCAAGCAACUUUUUUAUCCAGCAACUAGAGAAGUUAUUGAUCUUCCAAAAUCGGUUCCUCUCUAUGAACUCCUUAAAUACAAGAUCGGUUAUAAAAAAGAUGCUAAAACAACAUUUAUGAAUCAUGUAUCAUUCGAAGUAGCAAAGAUUAUUGAAAAUCGAUUAAUUGAAUUGGAAUAUGAAAAAAGUUCUAAAAUCAUUCAAAGAGCAUCCAUUCAUUUAAUUGAUAAUGAAGCUCAAAAACGGUUUAUUGUUUCUACAAAUAUUACAUCAGAUGGAAAAUUAAUACCUCGUAAAUUUAAAACCGAAAACAAUAAGCAUCUUUUUUACUCUUUCGCUGGACCAAAAUCUACCUUGGAUUUUCGAUUCAAAGUUAUUUCUCAAGAACCACCUAUAACAAAAAUGCCUACCGAACUUUAUAAUUAUAUAAAAAAUUCUACUUAUAAUUUUGACACAAAAACUAUUAUUAAUUUAGAAGAUACUUCUAAUUACCUUUUCACAAUUACACGUAUCAAGAUUAAACGUAUUUUUAUUAAAUCCAAGGAUGAAUUUUCGAAUGGUAAAAUUAAAGUAUCGAUUUCUGAGGUGUACGAGGAUGGAAUAAAAGAUGUACAAGUAACUAUUACUAGUGAAGCAUUACAUAAGGUUAUUGAAAAGAUGUGUCAAACUAAUAAGAUCGAUGAAAAUUUGAGAUUAGAAUGUGAUAAAGAAAUAGAAAAGUUUGUUAAUGAACUAAAAUUUAUUGUAAAUUAA